AUGUCCAGCUCCCUGCUGACAGGAGGCCAUGCAGUCAGCCUGGCUCCCCAUGAAGAAUCCAGGAUGGCCCUACACCCAACACCCAGCCCUGGCCUGCCACCACUGUGUUCUUACUACACCACAGAUGGCUGGGGAACCCAGGCCUUGAUGGCCCCAGCACCCUGCAAGAGCCCCCCGAGCAGGAUCCAGCAGACCCAGCAGGCAGAGGCCAAAGCUCACUGCCUCCUACAGUGCCCUGGGGAGCAGGCCUCAGGGACCCAGGACCUUGACUCCUACAUUGACUUCUCACUGGAGACCCUCAACCAGAUGAUUCUAGAACUGGACCCCACCUUCCAGCUGCUUCCCUCAGGGAAUGCAGGCUCCUUGGCCAAGCCUACCCACAGCACCACCUCAAAGAGCAAGAAGGAGGAACCUGAAGCCUUAGAUAUAAAGUACAUUGAAGUGGCCUCCACCAGAUCAAGAGGCCUCGAUGGCCCCCAGCACUGCUCCAAUCCAUCCGUCACCCCUCCCUUUGGUUCUCCACGAAGUGGUGGGCUCCUUCUCUCCAGAGACAUCCCUCGAGAGACUCGAAGCAGCAGCGAGAGCCUCAUCUUCUCUGGGAAUCAGGGCAGGGGUCCCUCUCCCCAUUCCUCCUCUUCCUCCAACAUCUCCAUCCCUUGUGAAGGGAACAGGGCCUCAGGCUCCCCUCUGGCAACUUCUCCAGGUUUGGAGAAGGGGCUGAGGGCCCAGCGGGGCAGUAGGGUCUCUGUGCUGUCAGCCAGUCCAGCAUCAGAUGUCAGCUAUGUGUUUGGAAGCAGCCAGUCCCUCCUCCACUCUGGCCUCUCCAGCCAUCAGUCAUCUUCCAGAUCCUUGGAAAGCCCAGCCAGCUCUUCCUCCAGCCUCCACAGCCUUGGUCCAGGGUCCCAGUAUGUGAGACCCUGGCAUGUCCAGGCCCCCAGCAACCCCACCAUGAGCAUGGGCCAACCAAGAGCAGCCCACUCCUCUCCAGUGACCAAGGAGCAGGCCAGCAGCUGCCCCGCAUCUAUCACCAACUCCAUGGUGGACCUACCCAUUGUGUUGAUCAACGGGUACCCAGAACCACAGUCUCCUCCACCCCUGCAGAUACCAGGGCACCGGGGCUCUAUCCAGUUUGCAGCUGCUUCUCCCAGCCACCUCGGUCAGGCCAUCAUGAGACACAGCCAGACUCUGCUGGAUGCUCCCUUCACUGCAUCUCCACAGGGUCCUGCCAGGGAUAUGCAGCCCACCAUGAAGUUUGUGAUGGACACAUCGAAAUACUGGUUUAAGCCAAGCAUCACCCGAGAGCAAGCCAUCAAUCUGCUGAGGAAGGAGAAGCCAGGGGCCUUUGUCAUCAGGGACAGUUCCUCCUAUCGAGGCUCCUUUGGCCUUGCCCUGAAAGUCCAGGAGACCCCAGCAUCUGCCUCAAACCAACCAGGCGAGGACAGCAGUGACUUCAUCCGACACUUUCUGGUCGAGUCUUCUGCCAAAGGGGUGCAUCUGAAGGGAGCAGAUGAGGAACCAUACUUUGGGAGCCUCUCAGCCUUUGUGUGCCAGCAUUCCAUCAUGGCCCUGGCCCUGCCCUGCAAACUCACCAUCCCACAGAAAGAACUGGGAGGUGCAGACCCAGCAUCUGACUCCCCCACACAGAGUCCAACCUCUUCCUUGAAGAUAUCCGCAGGCUGUCACACCCUGUACCUGAACUCUGUGAGCAUGGAGACCCUGAGUGGAGCCCUGGCUGUGCAGAAAGCCAUCUCAACCACCUUGGAAAGGGAGGUCCUCCCCACACCCACCGUGGUCCACUUCAAAGUCACUGAGCAAGGCAUCACCUUGACUGAUGUGCAGAGGAAGAUAUUUUUCCGACGCCAUUACCCACUUACCACCCUCCGCUUCUGUGGCAUGGACCCUGAGCAACGCAAGUGGCAGAAGUACUGUAAACCCUCCAGGAUCUUUGGGUUUGUGGCGAAGAGCCAGACGGAUCUGCAACAGAAUGUAUGCCACCUCUUUGCGGAGUACGAUGCUGUCCAGCCAGCCUCCCAGGUCAUCAGCCUGGUGACUGCUCUGCUUCAGGACACAGAAAAGAUGUAGGAGGAGGGAACUGCCUGUGCACCUUCCCUGACAUCUCAAAAGACUUUCCUUGGACAAGGAGCUAUGACUACAUUGACAGACCUGUCUGUCAGACCUGAGGACAAGUUGAAGCCCUGGACCCUGCUGUGACCUGCGUUCAGCAGUUACCUUCAUCUAGACCCUUGGGCCUCACUUUCUUCAGCCAUUAAAAGAGGCCAGUCAACAAGACAGCUCUUCUUUGGAAGCUGUGCUGGGCAACCUGAAUAUGCUCCUCUCUGAUUCUGAAACACACCCACAUCCAAGGUUCUGUGUGAAAGUCACCUGCA